UCCGUCCAACAUGCGGGUGCCAUGGAUUCGAAGGUUCUUUUCUUCCCUUUGAACACAGAGAAAAUGAGAAACAACGCGCCCCCUCCUUUAUACUAAAUCCAUCUCCCGGGAAAGUUUUUUUUUGCCAUUCUUCAGCUUCUGAAAUGGAUUUCAGUUCCAAAACCCGUAUAAUUACGUUUAUUUGGUUUUUCUUCUGCUCUUUCUCUUCGAUCUGUUGGGCAGCCAACAACAUCACGCAGGGCCAAUCGAUUUCAGGCGGCGAAACCAUCAUCUCCGCCGGCCAAAUAUUUGAACUCGGUUUCUUCAGUCCGGCGAAUUCAUCGGACCGAUAUCUCGGAAUAUGGUACUACGAAAUCCCCGGACCGUCAGUCGUAUGGGUUGCCAACAGAGACCACCCUGUCUCCGGCGGAAACGCAGCUUUCACGCUGGAUAAAAAGGGUAGCCUGGUCGUUUUAGACGGAAAUGGGACCUCAAUCUGGUCGAGCAAUUCCUCGUCGGCAUCGAACAAUUUCGUCGCGGUUCUGAUGGACACCGGCAACCUUAUUCUCUCCAGCAGGGAGAGUGUCGGUGGCGCUCACGGGGCCAUAUGGCAGAGCUUCGACGAUCCCACAGAUACAUUCCUGCCGGACAUGCGAGUUUUUAUGAAAACCCAGGGCGAAGAGAAACGUGUUUUCACUUCGUGGAGCAGCUCCGACGAUCCUUCUCCCGGGCGAUAUUCGAUGGGCGUCGAUCCACGGGGAUCGCCGCAGAUAGUGAUUUGGGACGGGCAGAAUCGACGGUGGAGAAGCGGCUACUGGAAUGGACUGAUAUUCACCGGUAUUCCCACCAUGAUGUCUAUAUAUUUGUACGGCUUCAAGCUUUAUGAUGGCGAAAAUGGCACCUUGUAUUUCACGUAUACUCCGUCGAACAGUUCGGAUCUUCUGAGGUUUCGGAUUCGAUGGGAUGGGUACGAGGAGCAGCUGCAGUGGAACGGAGCUACGGAUCAAUGGAAGGCUUUGCAGUUGCAGCCCAACGAUGAAUGCGGGUUUUAUAACAAAUGUGGGGCUUUUGGGAUUUGCAGUGUGGAGGACGACUCCUCUGCCAAAUGCGAUUGUAUUCAAGGGUUUGAGCCCAAGUACAGUGAACAAUGGGAGAGUGGAAAUUGGUCGGGUGGAUGCGUUAGGAAGACAGAGUUGCAGUGUGGGAACAGCUCUGCGAGUGGGUUGGAAGAAGACGGGUUUCGGAAGAUUGAAGGGGUGAAGCUGCCGGACUUUGCCAGCUCAAUGGAGGCGACGGACCAGAAUGACUGUGGAGAGAAGUGCUUGAAGAACUGCUCUUGCCUUGCAUAUGCGUUUGUUGAUGGAAUCAGCUGCAUUGUGUGGAGUGAUGAUCUGAAAGACAUCGAGCAUUUUGAUGAUGGUGGAGAUGAUCUUUACGUUCGCCUUGCUAAAUCCGAGUUAGAUGACAAUUCCAAAAUCUCCAAGCUUGUGAUAAUUAUUAUCACGGUGAUCGGGAUAUUCCUCAUCAGUGUAUCAAUUUGGCUGUUGUGGAGGUUCAGAACAAAGUUAAAAGUUAAAGCAUUCUCACACACAUGGUGUAAGAAGCAUCAAUCAAAACUACCGUUUCCCAGAAGUAAAGAAUUGUCGACAGACUGUUCAGGAUCUUGCGAGCUUGGAGUCGAAGGGCAGCAGGGGAGAGGACCCGAAUUAUCGCUUGUCAGCUUCAGUGUUGUAGCUGCUGCUACAAACAACUUCUCCGACCAAAACAUGCUUGGGAAAGGAGGGUUUGGCCCGGUCUAUAAGGGGAAGCUGCCGGGGGAAGAAGAGAUAGCCGUAAAGAGGCUUUCAAGAAAGUCUGGACAGGGUCUGGAAGAGUUCAAGAAUGAGAUUACACUAAUUGCAAAAUUGCAACACAUAAAUCUUGUUCGGCUUCUGGGCUGCUGCAUUGAAGGCGAAGAAAGGAUGUUGAUUUAUGAAUACAUGCCCAAUAAAAGCUUGGAUUCAUUUCUUUUUGAUCCAACUAAACGAGAACAAUUAGACUGGAGCAAGCGGUUCAAGAUAAUUGAGGGAAUCGCACGAGGCCUCAUUUAUCUUCAUCGAGACUCAAGAUUUAAAAUAAUCCAUAGGGAUUUAAAAGCUAGCAACAUUUUGUUGGAUGAAGAGAUGAACCCGAAAAUUUCUGACUUUGGCAUGGCCAAAAUCUUUGGAAAAAAUGAAAUUGAAGCAAGUACAAGCCGGGUCGUUGGCACAUAUGGCUACAUGGCUCCCGAGUAUGCAAGGGAAGGUGUAUUUUCUAUGAAAUCUGAUGUCUAUAGCUUUGGAGUACUGCUACUGGAGAUCAUAAGCGGCAAAAGGAACAGUAGUUUUCGCUCACCCGAACACUCAAACAUCGUCGACUACACUUGGGAUCUGUGGGACGACGGCCGAGCAAUGGAGCUCAUCGAUCCCAGCAUCGUCAGAUCGUGUCGCGAAAGUGAAGUGUUGAGAUGCAUACAUAUAGCACUUCUGUGCGUGCAGGACUCGGGGUUUGAUAGGCCAAACAUGUCAAAUGUAUUGUUGAUGCUGGAGAGUGAAACUGCAACACUGCCCAUGCCUAGAGCCCCCACCUUCACUUCAGUGAGGAGCUCUGGUGAGAUUGAUGCGUGGCAAGGCAACCAUACCCUGCCAGUGGCAUCCUCAAACGAAAUCACUGUCAGUCUGAUCAUUGGUAGAUAGUUCAUCCAAAGAUGACGAAUUUUGUGUUUUGGUCCAUAGUUACUGUGAAUUAUGUAUGUAGUUCAUUGGUCAUAGUGCAAUUUUGACUUUUAAUUAAUCCAACAUUAAACAGAUCAAGUUGAAAUGUAGCUUUACAGUAGGUGGGUUAUUGUUGGAUGA